AUGAAACAAGGCAUACGUGCAUCUAAAGAUGAUGGUUGCACAAUUCAAACAAAAUUGAGCAGAUUCUUGUUAGCUUAUCGAAAUGCUGAACAUGGCUUAACAAAACAGAGUCCUGCACGAGUGUUCAUGAGUAGACCAUUAAGGUCCAGGUUAGAUAUGCUAAGACCUAGUAUGACUGAUUCAGUUCGAGGUAAACUGCAUGAUCAAAUGCAAAAAUGUAAAUCAAAGAUUAGGACAUUUGAGGUCGAUGACAAAGUGUUUGUUCGAGAUUUCAGGGAAAGAGAACCGAAUAAGAUCAAAUGGACACCAGGUGUAAUAACUAAGAAACUUGGUCCAUUGCGUUAUGAGGUUAAAGUGGGUGAUAAGUUAAAGUGGUGUAGACACCUAGAUCAGAUUAAGUCAAGGUUUUCAGACCAAGGUACUGAUGUUGAUAAUGUUACUGAUGACAUAAUUGAUGAGUUGAUUGAUAAUCAUAUGGAAAUGAGUGAUGGUGAAGUUGAGUGUAAUGAAGGUCAGGGUUUGGAGAAAAUCCCUAACCCAAGUGUUGCUAUUAGUGAACCAGAUAUUCAUGUAAGACGAUCAACACGUGUAAGGAAGACACCAACUAGAUAUAUUGAAGAAUGUUGA